CAGACGCGGGGAAGAGAUCAGGAGCGCAGCCGCAAAAGGAAAAACGGCUGCGGGUUCUGGAGUGCCGGAGAGGCUUGCGCACACGCUGGACCUUACUGGUGCUAUCAUUAAAAACGGGGAAUGAUCAGAAUAGAUAGUCUAUUCUAACGUUGCGCAGACAGAUCUGCGGAUGCAUUUAAAUCGCAACAUUUAUUGACCUUUCUUUGUGACUUUGGAUGCAGACUUUUUUCUUACAAAGUUUCUAAUUUUAUUCUAAAAUCAGAUGACCUGAAGAAAGGUGCGUCGGAGAGUGUAAAUUACGCAUUGUUCGGAGGUUCUGAUCAUUUUGGAAGAAUAACAAUACAUAAUCCUUUGCAAAAUGCUCCUCAACUUCUUAUUCGUGAUGGUGCCGUUUCUCUCGGCUGUUUCCCGAUGCUCGGGCUCAUAUGUGCCGUGUGAGCCGUGCGACCAGAAGGCGCUGUCCAUGUGCCCCCCCGAGCCCAAAGGCUGUCAGCUGGUGAAGGAGCCCGGCUGCGGCUGCUGCCUCACCUGCGCGCUCGCCGAGAAUCAGCCGUGCGGCGUCUACACCAGCACGUGCGCGCACGGACUCCGCUGCUUGCCGCGCGACGGAGAGGAGAAGCCACUACACGCACUGCUGCACGGCAGAGGGCUGUGCACCAACGAGAAGGGCUACAAGGCGUUGCAUCCGCCUGUGGAUCGUGAGUCUAAAGAGCAAGAUGAGACAAUAAAGACUGACACAACAGAGGAGCAGCUGCCCCAAGCCAAAGUGCCCAUUUACCCUAAGCAAGACCUAAUCAACAGCAAAAAGCAGGCUGCCAUGCGCAAGGAUAAGAAGAAGCAGCAGGAGAAGCUGAGGUCCAUGGGUUCGCUGGACUACUCACCACUUCCAGUUGACAAGCAUGAAACUGAAUUUGGUCCAUGUAGAAGAAAGCUGGAUGGGAUCAUAAAGGGGCUGAAAGACACCUCCCGCAUUGUGGCUCUCUCUCUUUAUCUGCCCAAUUGUGACAGGAAGGGCUUCUUCAAACGCAAGCAGUGUAAGCCCUCACGUGGUCGGAAACGGGGAAUAUGCUGGUGCGUGGACAAAUAUGGAGUGCAGUUGCCAGGGACUGACUACAGUGGAGGGAACAUCCAGUGCAAAGACAUGGAGCCUGGCAACAACAAUGAGUGAGGAGGGAUGCGCCAUGAUCACCUGAGCCGAGGCUCGCCACCUUCUUUCCUUCCCACCUGUCCACCCGCCAGUCACUCUAAGAUUUUGAUCCGAAAAGACGAAGCAAACACAAACAAAUUUGAACAAAAACAAUUGAUAAACUUUUUUGACUGAGCGCUCAUCUCUAACUUGGUGUACCCAGUUAAAUGGAGGGCCUCUGCUUUGUUAAGAGCUGGGUUCCAGCAAAAGAUUUUAAAAAAAUAUAUACAUUCAAUUAUAUAUUUUUAUAGAGGCUGGGGUUUGAGCACCAUACUUUUUAACAUACUGCAGAAAAAGAGCAUAUGGUAUGAUAAUUGUUACCAGCGCUAUCUUGGUCUUUUACAUCUUUGAAGUUGAGGUGUCCGAGGAGAUAGCUCAAACUCUUAUUAUUGGAAGAACUAAAAAAUUUUGUUUGAUUGUUUUCCAAAAAAAAAAGAAAAAAAAAAAAACAA